GGGAAGGAUGACAUCACAAGAUUGCUCCCGCAGAGAGCGACAUCCAAGGGGCCUGGGAAAAACAGGGACUGAGCAGGGCUGGCAGGAGGGGCCGGAAAAAGACCACAGGCCAUGGAGCAAGGGAAGACGAUGGAGGCGCCCAAACCACCCAGUCACAUCGCCACCAAAGGCCUCUUCAAUACAGCUAUGGGGCCCCUCCAGCGCCAACUACGCUCCGGGGAGUACAACCUGUUCAAGUGUGCCACCAUGUUUGAAAGCGACUUUGUCCAGGUCAGCAAGCGAGGUGGCACCCUGGACGUCCACAAUCAAGUCCAGAUGGUGCGGGUUGCCAUUGCGGCCACCAGCCCAGGCCUUCAGGUCCCCAACGUGCUGUUGCUGGCCCGGCCAAUAUUCCCUUCCCGACAGCAGCCUCAAAGCCUCCAGGCCGCCCGGUUACACCGCACUUCGAUGAAUACGAGGUUUGAGCUGACCAGGCUCCUUCCCUUGUGCUUUGUCAAGAUCUCCAUCCAUGACUUUGAUAAGCAACAGCUCCGAUUCAAAAUGUCCACCGGCCGCACUUUCUACCUCCAGCUCUGCCCACUACCAGAUACACAGGAAAGUGAAUUUGAGUCAUGGGUCAAGGUUGUCCACCUACUGCGACCCCCCUCGGACGUUAGCCUGAAGAAGGAACCUGUUGAAGACCUAUGGAAGCCCGGCCAGCCUGCUCUCAACGCUACAGCUAAUCCUGCGCCCCAGCUCCCCGCAGGCAGAGAGUACACCCUUGCAGAAGUCCUAAGCACUUUGCAAGAAGAAGAAGACAAGAGGAACCCAGCUGAGCCCUUGACGAAUCAGUAUAGCAUCCUUGAACCCAGAAGCAGCCCAUCUCCAACUCCCAGCCAAGGGAUACCAGCAGAAUCCGAGAGCCUCCCACCUUCAGAGGGUCCAAGUUCCAAAGAGCUCCUUCAAAGGUCCUCCAAGGGCGAGAAGAAGGACAGGAGGCAUAAGGACCGCUCGUCUGGAAGCAGAAAAAGCAGCAGAAGGAAAAGGUCAAGCAAGUCACGCCGAAGCCAUUCAUCAAAGAGAGCUGCCAGCCGGAGCCCCAGCAAGAUCUCCUCUAUUCUCAUGGGUUCCUUCUCCAGCACCAGCCACAAACACCACAAAGGAAGCAGAAAGGAGGGCAGAGAGAGGAGGCAUUGAGAGUGGCCCAAGAAGCAGAAGAGGCCCCAAAGGGACAGAGAUGCUUUCCCCUCUUUUCCAACCAUCUCUGACUUUAAUAAAAACAAUGGCUAGAAAAACCA